AUGGCAAACAGGAAGGUUGCAAUUAUUGGAGCUGGUGUUUCUGGGCUGUUAUCCAUUAAGUGUUGCUUGGAUGAGGGGCUCGAACCUACCUGCUUCGAGAGAAGUAGUGACAUCGGAGGGGUCUGGAGAUAUGAGAAAAAUCCUGAAGAGGGCAGGGCCAGUAUCUACAAAUCAGUCAUUAUCAACACCUCCAAGGAAAUUAUGUGCUUCAGUGACUUCCCCAUCCCGGAGGAUUUUCCCAACUACAUGCACAACUUCAAAAUUAUGGAGUAUUUCCACAUGUAUGCUAAGCACUUCAACCUUCUUAAGUACAUCCGCUUCAAGACCAACGUUUGCUCUGUGAUAAAGCGCCCAGAUUUCUCUACCACGGGCCAGUGGGACGUUGUUACAGAGACCAAUGGGAAGCAGGAGUUGGCCAUCUUUGAUGCAGUCCUAGUUUGUAGUGGUCACCAUUCUGACGCCCAUUUACCACUGCAGUCCUUUCCAGGUAUUGAGAAGUUCAAAGGUCGCUACUUCCAUAGUCGGGAUUACAAGAACUCCCAAGAGUUCUUGGACAAGAAAGUGAUCGUGAUUGGCAUUGGGAAUUCAGGACUGGACAUAGCUGUGGAGCUCAGUUACACGGCAGAUCAGGUCUUUCUUAGCACCAGGCGGGGUGCAUGGGUACAGAGGCGGAUCUUGGAAGAAGGGUACCCCACGGAUGCAGCUUAUAUCACUCGCUUCAUGAAGCUUCUCUUGGACACUAUGCCUUUCACUAUGAUGAACUACUUUGCAGAGCGGAAACUGAAUAAAGCUUUCAACCAUGCCCUCUAUGGCCUGCAGCCUAAGCACAGGUUUUUCUGCCAGCAUUCAACCAUCAACGAUGAUCUGCCAAACCGCAUCAUCGCUGGCAAAGUGCAGGUGAAAUCAAAUGUGAGCGAGUUCACUGAAACUGGUGCCAUCUUUGAGGAUGGCACCAGAGAAGACAACAUCGAUGUGGUUAUCUUCGCUACAGGAUACAAGUUCUCCUUCCCAUUUCUUGACUGCCUCAAAGUGGUUGAUAACCAGGUCUCCCUGUACAAGCUUGUCUUUCCGCCUCACCUGGAAAAGCCAACGUUGGCUUUCAUUGGCUUCGUCCAGCCACUGGGGGCCCUCAUGCCUAUCUCAGAGCUUCAGGGUCGCUGGGCCACACGUGUGUUCAAGGGUAUGUGAGCCAUAAUCCCAAGGGAAUAGAUUAGCA